GUGCUAUCGACCAGGGUGGUGGGGUUCCGGAACGCAGCAAGCGCAGAUAGAUUGCCACGGGUGAAAUUGGUCUGCCACGAGGGCGGGGAAGUCGGUCUUGGUACAGGCAAUCUCUAGAAAUUAAAAUCGAUGCCAUCUAAGGAAGCGUCGCAGGGGUACAUGCUCGAUCCACAUACAUAAAUAGAGUGAUGGACAAGAUCCGUCACUCUUUAAGACACGGGACGUCGCUCUAGGCCCUUUGCUCUCCUUGAACACACACACCCUUUUCUUGGACCAAGCGGAGAUAUCCAGCGGAAUAUCUGGCCUACCACACUCAACAUGAACUUCUCUGCUCUUAUAGUCCUUAUAUCGGCUUCUCUGGCUCUUGCUUCACCAGCUGCGGUCAGCCUCAACCGCUCCACCAAGGAGAUGAGGGAUGCCAAAGGGAACAUGUUCCCGGGACCUUGCGUCGAGUGCCCUUGCGAAGAGUGGGCAGGAUGCCGCUGUGUCCCGAACGGCUGCUGUUGCACAUAA